AUAUCAAAAUAAAUAAUAGCAAAUAUAAAUAAAAAAAGAAGCACAACAGAAUUAUUAGUAUUGAAAAAAAAUUAACCAUAAAAAGUAAAAAUAAAAACAACAACAACAUCAAACAAUUUCCGUAGCCAUGGAUAUUGCUACUAGCAGCAGCCAACGCGAAAAUGAGCAACGUGUCGCCGAAGAAUAUUUAUCCAGUUUAUCGGAUUUAAAUUGCAAUAGUAAACCCUUAAUCAAUAUGCUGACCAUGUUGGCUGAGGAAAAUAUUGAAUAUGCUGCCGUCAUCGUUAAAGUCGUUGAAGAUCAUAUAGCCAAGGUUAAAAUUAUUCAUUUUUAUUAUUAUUUUUAUUAUGAUUACUAUUAAUAUAAUAACAAUUAAUUGGAA